AUGGUGAGCAAGCUGCGUGAUUUCCUCAUCGCUCAUGGUCCCACAGUGAAUCGCGCCGACGCUGAAAUGCGCGGGAACUCGACGCUGAUGGAGCUGGUCAAUUCUAUGAUAGCGCAGGGCCUGUCUGUUGCCACCCGCUGUCAAGCGCAACCCACUUGCAUUGCAGCUGCCUACGCUUCAAUCGAGCAGGUCCCCAUUUAG